AUGAAUACCGCGAACAAUAAUGACCGGAGGCGUUGUUCCGUCAUUACUUUGUUAAAGAAAGGAUAUGAUGUCCUCAAACGAUUCGUCAUCAGAAAAUCCAUUCAAUUGAAUGAUAACAGUAUCACUUCGAUAUCAUCUGAUAGUGAUAUUCCUGCUAUAAUUGAUGAUUCAGAUUUAUCAAGCGACAUUGAUCCGCAAGUGGAUUUCUUAUUUGAUAUUCCACCAAGACGAACAAAUUUCUCAUCACAAUUUCUCAGUGAUAUUGGUAAUCAAGAAAACAAUAAUGAAUUGAUUGAAAUAUCGGAUACGGAAAGAGGUUUGAUUAGUUAA